AAUUCCUCUCUCUCUCUCUCUCUCUCUCAGCUUCACUCAACUCAACCCUAAUUUUCCCCGCCUUCAGCUUCCUCGCGGCACUACUGUUCAUGCCACGUUAACGGACCUCUCUUAAAACGACAUCGUUUCUCACUUUGAAUCUUCUCUUCAAAAACUAUCAUGGAAAGAAAAAUUCAAUCGCUGGUGAAUUACAAUCUAUGAUGCAUUUAGCAAAGCUAUCUGCACUCAAAUCCAUUUUUAACCUUUCAACGUCUCGUCGUUUAGCCUCCGUAACAGUUCUUCAUCACCAUCACCUAACACAUCCUCAGCCAGAAGUGCAACAACCAGAUACCGAACAAAACGAAGUCGUUUCAAAGCAGAGUUUAAUUGAUUCGGUUUAUUCUAUCAUUUCUCACCCAAUUUUUGAUUCGUCUCAGAGUAAACGAAUUUUACUUCAUUUAUCACCGUAUGAUUUCGAUAAUUGUUUUCUUUCUAUCGUAGCGAACACGAAUAUUGAAAAACUCAACCCUAAAACUGCUUUAGAAUUCUUUCAAUUUGCUUCCGUGAAUUGUAAAUUUCAUUUCACUGUGCGUUCUUAUUGCCUGUUGAUUGGAUUACUUGUUUCUUGCGAUGAAUUAACGUCUGCUAGGUCGGUUUUAGUCGAGUUAGUUGGCGGAAAAUUGCCCGCUUUGUAUGAGAAUAGUUUUUGUAAGAGGCAUUUCGAGCUUGGUUUGAUACUUGCUAAUUUGAAUUCAAUCUCCGAGCUUGAUGUUGUUGUUAGAGUAGUGGAUAUAUUGAUACAUGUUUACAGUACGGAUUUUAAACAUUUAGGUUUUGGUGUUACUGUUGAGUUGUUUACUUUAUUGGGGAAUAAGGGUUUGUUACCGUCUCUUAAGAGUUGUAAUAUUUUGUUGAAUUCUUUAGUGAAAGCUAAGAAGUUAAACUUGAGUUAUGAAGUGUUUGAUAUUAUGUGCCAAUGUUGUUCCGCUCUGGAUGUUUACUCGUUCAGUACUAUGGUUAAUGCGUUCUGCAUCGGAGGCAGAGUGGAUGACGCUGUUGGUUUGUUUCGGAAAAUGGAGGAAUUGGGCGUUGCUCCUAAUGUUGUUACGUAUACUAAUAUUAUACAUGGGUUAUGUAAAGUCGGGAGAUUGGAUGAGGCAUUUCAGUUUAAGGAAAAGAUGGUUAGUUUGGAAGUGGAGCCGAAUCUUGUAACUUAUAGUGUUCUUAUUAAUGGUUUGGUUAAGUUGGAGAGAUUUGAUGAAGCUAAUUGUAUUUUGAAGGAAAUAUCUGACAGAGGUUUGACACCAAACAAUAUUGUGUAUAACACAUUACUUGAUGGAUAUUGUAAAGCCGACAAAGUUGAGGAGUGUGAAAAGUUGUUUGCAGAAAUGGUUUCUAUGGAAAUAGAGUUAGAUUCUGUAGUAUUCAAUAUAUUAAUUCGAGCGCAUUGUAAAAAGGGGAACAUGACGGAAGCCUUUAGACUUCGGGAUGACAUGAGAAGCAGAGGCAUUCCACGAACUUCUUUCACGUAUUCUACUCUUAUACAUGGACUCUGCAAUAUUGGCCUUGUUGACGAUGCAAAUCAACUUCUUGAUGAAAUGAGAAAUGAGGGAUUAUCACCAAAUGUCGUCUGUUAUAAUGCACUUAUUGGUGGUUACUGUAAACUCGGGAAGAUGCAUGAAGCCGAUAGCGUUUUGCAGAAUAUGUCUUUGAAAAACGCACGUCCUAAUAAAGUUACAUAUACUACCAUUAUAAAUGGGUAUUGCAAAUUGGGAAAUGUGGAAGAAGCAGAUAAGCUUUUGAACGAGAUGGCUCAAAAGGGAAUUAUUCUGGAUGCCGCCACUGAUAAUGCAUUUAGAAAUGGGUUUUGCAAGGAAGAGAAGGUAGAGGAAGCUCUUCAAAUUUGAAAUCUGCAUUUCGUACUCGUUGCAUAUAGUGCAGGUAAAGAGUUCAAUUCUUUGUGCAAGUUGAGGUUAACUGGCCUCUUGCUUUUCUUGUUGGUUUAUGUAAGCAGCCAAACUCAUUUGUUUUGCUAAUUGCUAUAACCCUUACAAAUGUAAAUUUUGCUGAUUUAGAGGGUAUUUAUUAUUUUAUCUUGCUGACAAUACAAUGUGUAAAUUAUUGCUUUGGCUAUUAAUUGAACUCGAGACUUCCAAUUUUGAAACGAUUUUACUAUGAUUUGAGCUGCAAGUGCAAUCAAAUGGUUUAUGCUUGUUAA